AUGUCUCCCUUCAACCUCGAGACCUGCGCUCGACCCAACAUCCUCGCCCUGCAACCCUACCGUUGCGCUCGAGAUGACUACAAAGACGACGGCACAAACAUCCUCCUCGACGCAAACGAAAACGCCUUUGGCCCCUCCCUCGACGCAGCCUCCAUAGCCGCCUACUCCUCCUCCUCCUCAUCAUCAAAUGACACCAACGGCCAAGGCAUCGAUCCCCUCGGCCUCCACCGCUACCCAGACCCUCACCAGCUCGACCUCAAACAGCUCCUCUGCACCCUGCGCAACACCCACGCCCACACGAAAAAGACCCUCACCCCGUCAAACCUCUUCGUCGGCGUCGGCAGCGACGAGGCCAUUGACGCCCUGCUGCGCUGCUUCUGCGUCCCCGGCAAGGACCGCAUCCUGACAUGUCCCCCGACAUACGGCAUGUACGCCGUCUCCGCGCAGGUCAACGACGUUGCCAUUGCCAAGGUGCCGCUGCUGCCCGCGCCCACCUUUGGCCUCGACGUGCCCGCCAUCUCCGCCGCGCUGGCCGCCGACCCGUCCAUCAAGAUUGCCUAUCUCUGCUCGCCGGGCAAUCCCACCGGCUCGCUGCUGGCCAAGGCCGACGUCCUCGCGCUGCUCAACCACCCGACGUGGAACGGCGUCAUCGUCCUUGACGAGGCCUACAUCGACUUUGCGCCCGACAACGCCUCCCUCGCCGAGCUGGUGACCGAGUAUCCCAACCUCGUCGUCAUGCAGACCCUCUCCAAGGCCUUUGGCAUGGCCGGCAUCCGUCUCGGCGUCGCCUUUGCCCCCGCGCCCAUUGCCACGCUGCUCAACAGCCUCAAAGCGCCGUACAACAUCUCCAGCCCGACCAGUGCCCUCGCCCACUCCGCAGUCAGCGCGCAGGGCCUCUCCGUCAUGGAGUCCAACAGGGCCAAGAUCAUUGCCCAGCGCGACAGGAUCAUCAAGGAGAUUGCUUCAAUUCCCGGCGUGGGCCGUCUUCGCGGAGGUACGGAGAGCAACUUUUUGUUGUUCGAGAUGCUCAAUGCGCAGGGCCAGCCGGAUAACGCCGUUGCGCUGGCGGCGUAUGAGAAGCUUGCAGAGACAAAGGGCGUGGUUGUUCGAUUCAGAGGAAAGGAGCACGGAUGCCUGGGAUGCUUGAGAAUCACGGUUGGCACAGAAGAGGAAGUGACGAGAUUUUUGGAAGCGCUGAAGAAGACGUUAGAAGAGGUAAGAGCGUAG